UGUUAUUUCAAAUAAACUGUAAACCUCUUGUUACAACAGACUCCAAAUCGCAACAAGGAUCAAAUCAAGGCACAGACGGGAGACAUUCGGCCUUUAAACUUUAGAUCUGCCAGCUGUCAAGACAGAGACCAUGGCGUUUCAGAUGUCAAAACUUGCUGCUCGUGUUUGGCUCUCCAAAAGCGUUGGGUUCACAUCCAGCGCCGGGAACAGAUGUCCGACUCAUCUCGGUUUGAUCAGCAGACUUGCACAUCGCUCCCUUCAUGCGCUCAAAGCGCUGCCCUCCCCGGGGCUCUUACGUAAAGCAGACAGGUGGGAGAAGGUUUCCACGGCCUCAAAGUCACUUCACAGGCGGAGUGGAGGGGCUGUUAAGCCGCGCCGCAUCACCGGGGUUGUAGUGGGCGCCGUGGGGGUCUCUGCUGCGGCGCUGGCCUCUCUGAGCACUAGCGCGCGGCCCGAGCUGAACCUGGACUCGGAGAGUAGCGACUGGACAGAGGCGAAGAAAAAGCUUUGCUCCAUGGAUAAUGAGAAGAGGAGGGAAACGUACAGGGUUGACUUCAUUCCUCUGGAGAAGAUUCCUGUCUGGAGUCCAUCAGGUGACUCCUCUUGUAAGCCUCGGUACAAAUUCAAUGAAGAGCUGAAUGAGAAAAUAUCCCUCUUCAGUGGUGACAUCACAAAACUGGAGAUCGACGCAAUCACCAACGCAGGACUAAAUGUCUAUUUGAGUUCAGAAAGCACUUCAAUAGAGCAAAGAAAAACCCCUUCUCAGCCAUAUUGCUCUUUUUCCAUCGUGUAA